AUGCAAGGAUCGGAUAACUGCUCCUCUGUGUUGGAUUCGAUUCGGCGGCACUUGUUGGAGGAUGAUGACUUGGAUUCGACGAGGAGAGGGGCCAACUUCAAAGGGGUGAGGAGAAGGCCUUGGGGUAAAUACGCUGCGGAGAUCAGAGACCCCAACAAACAUGGAGCCAGGAUUUGGCUUGGUACUUACGAGACUGCCCACGAAGCAGCUGUCGCGUAUGAUCGAGCCGCUUUCAAGAUGCGAGGGGCCAAGGCUAAGCUCAACUUCCCCCAUCUCAUCAGCAUUGAUGGCCCGGAGCCAGCGAGGGUCUCCAAGCGCCGCCCGAGUUCACCAGUUUCAACCUCAUCCUCGCCGGUUGCUAAAAGAAGACGGAACACUGACAUAAUAAACCUGACGGCUAGAGUUCCUUGCCUUGCUCUCAACUAUUUUUACCAUAUGACCCCACCGCCUAGCUUUUUGGCUCAGUGA